AUGAAACAUUAUGGACCAAAUAAUAAAAGUCUCAAGGUUUGGGAAUUUCCUGGUAGGUUGAAAGAUGAUGCAGUUAAAAGUUUAUUUGAAUUGUCACCUUCAAAUAUUCAAAAGCUUAAGAACCAUGCAAAAAAUGAGAUGAAAAUGAAUGUUAUCAAUUUGUCAACAUUUUCAGUUACAUGUGCUUAUGUGAUAUCAAGUUUAGCGAAAGCAGAAAAACCAAAGGAUGAAAAAGUGGGUCUCAUAUUUAGUGUGGACUGUAGAACAAGAUUGGAACCUUCAAUUUCUUCUAUGUAUUUUGGAAAUUGUAUUGCAGUACAAAAGAUUGAGCUUGAGACAAAGAAGUUAAUUGAAAAAGAUGGAUUUUUAAGUGCCUUAGAAGGGAUCGAUGAAGGUUUGAAUAAAGUGAAAAAUGGAGUGUUAGAUGGAGCUGAAAAUUGGCUGCAUGAUUUUUUAAACCCUAAAGAGAGUUAUAAAAUAUAUUCUACUGCUGGAUCACCAAGGUUUGAUGUUUAUGAUAUUGAUUUUGGAUUUGGAAAGCCAAAGAAAGUUGAUAUGGCUUCAACUGAUAAAACAGGUGCAUUUUCUCUUAGUGAGAGUAAGAAUCACAAUGGAGGAAUUGAGAUUGGUUUUGCUUUGGACAAGCAUGAGAUGGAAGCUUUUUCAACCCUUUUUGUUCAAGGUCUUGAAUCCAUUUAA